AUGAAGCCAAAAAAAUUGCUUUCCGAGUUGAAACCUAACCAUUUGGAACCCACAAGUUGGCCCGCGGAUCAUUUUGGGUAUAAAGCCUUCCACUCAAGACGGCCUGGCUUCCCCCAUCCCCCCCGCCGACUCGGCCGCACCGUCCGGCCGGCGCCAUGUAGCCGUCACGCCGAAGCUUCAUCUUACCAUGUUACCGCCCCCGUCCCGCUUUUCAGAUGUAAACUACUUUCACAGAUCUUCGGUGUUUUGCAGUUGUUAUCGCCCAUGCCAUUCGUAAUGCUCAACGUCCAAAUAGCCCUUUGA